AUGGAUCGGCGGAGAGGAGCGUUUGAGAGGCAGAAGAGCUCAACGGGGACGCCAACGACGCCGUCCUCACCGGUGAUGAUGUCGCCGCUGAACCGUCACGCUCGUGCAGGUUCCACUGGCUCUGCCAUGACCAACGUCAGGAGAGCGCAGAACACCGCCACCAAAGCUGCCGCUCAGAGACUUGCACAGGUUAUGUCGCAUCAAACAGGAGUUGACGACGACGACGACGAUGACGACAUUGCUCUUGACUAUUCCACGAUUAGUGGCGCCGGAAGUAUUGGUCUCGGUGGUGGAAGACCAAUGCCAACUCGCUCUCCCAUGGCAGUUCGGAACGUUCAAGAACAACCUCCAUCCGCAAGAUCGCGGUCACCAAUGUCAGUUCGCUCUGCUCAAGAACAACCUCUAUCCGCAAGAUCACGGUCUCCAAUGUCAGUUCGCUCUGCUCAAGAACAACCUCCAUCUGCAAGAUCGCGCUCCCCGGCGGCAGUUCGCACCGCUGUAGAACAACCCCAAUCUGUAAGAGCCAUAUCGAGUGUUCGAUCAACUGUCUCUGCAUAUGCUGUUGAGCAACCUCCACCUAGAACAGCCACGCCUGUGGAGCAACAACCACCCUCUGCUCGUUCAACAACAGCAAACCGAACCCUGGAUAUGUCUCCCUCCACUCGCACUAUACUCGUUACUCGGUCUUCUCAACCCAGUAAUGCGAGCAAUGAUCAACCUCCAUCUGCUCGCUCAACCUCAGGCCGCCCCAGUGGACUUUCUAAGGUGGUUCCCAUGGUGCCGCCUAGUGUACCUAUCACACUCAGGCCAGCCUUUUCUGGUGGUAUUCCUCCUUCAGAGUCUCCUUUUGAUAUUAGAAAAGACAGGAGAUUGUCACUUGAUCUGGGGAGUAUGAAAGUAAGAGAAGCUGCCAAUCAGCCGCAGCGUCCAACUUCUGAGCUUGAGGAUGAGCUUGAUAUGGUACAAGAGGAAAACGACAAUUUGGUCGAAAAGCUUCGACUUGCAGAGGAGAAGUGUGAGGAAGCUGAAUCAAGGGUUAGGCAACUAGAGCAACAGGUUGCUAAUCUUGGAGAAGGUGUGACUUUAGAGGCUCGGCUUUUAAGCAGGCAAGAGGCAGCACUGCAGCGAAGAGAGGCUGCUCUGAGAAGUGCGUCAAAGAAUCAUGGAGGCUUUCAAGCCGUUGCAGCGGGCGAUGCUGAGGCUGCAUUGGAGGAGACGACGUCUGCAUUGGAGAAGCUACGGCUUAUGACUCAACGAAUGAUACUUACCUCAGAAGAAAUGGAAGAGGUUGUUUUAAAGAGGUGUUGGCUAGCUCAGUAUUGGGGUCUAUGCGUUAAACAUGGUAUUCUUGCUGAGAUUGCUGAAGCAAGAUAUAAAUACUGGUCUAAGUACGCUCCCAAUCCGAUUGCAGUUGUAUUAGCUGCUGGAGAGAAAGCUAAAGGGGAAACAGACCUCGACUUAGAGGAUACAGAAGAUCAACGUGACCUGAAUGAACUUUCUGGAGAGGGAAAUAUUGAGAACAUGCUUUUUGUCGAGCAAGGUUUGCGGGAAUUAGCUUCACUAAAGGUAGAAGAAGCAUUGGCAGUUGCAUUGGCUCAACAUAGGCGACCAAAUAUGCUGAAAGCUGAUGACUUGAAACUACCAAUUGAAGGGCAGUGUGAUGCAUUUGAAUUGAGCCAGGAGGAGGCUGAAGAUGUAUCAUUUAAGCAGGCUUGGCUUACUUAUAUUUGGAGGAGAGCAAAACGGCAUGAAAUAGAACCUGACAUAGCAGAUGAGCGUUUGCAGUAUUGGAUCAAUCAUAAUUCUAGGACUCCAAACUCACAAGAUGCAGUUGACGUUGAGCGUGGACUUGCAGAGAUCAAAAAGUUGGGUAUUGAAACGCAGCUGUGGGAUGAAUCUCGCAAAGAAUUGGAGCAAGAUAUUGACAAUGCCAAAAAGCCCACUUUUCUUUUGAGAGAUAAUUACUUCCAAGCUCAAUUGCUACUGAAAGAGGGCGGUCUUCGGUUGCAAUCAGCUAGGAUUCAAACUUUCACUAAUUGGAAGUUUCCUUUAGAAGGGUGGAUAAAGAUUAAUACAGAUGGUUCUUGUGCUCGAGGUGGAUUACAAUCUGGAUGUGGAAGGGAUAUAAGAGAUUAUAGAGGUGAUUGGUUAGCUGGUUUCUCAAAGAAUUUGGGGCAUAAUUCAUCGGUUGCUACUGAGAUUUGGGGUUCUUAUUUGGGACUUCAAAUAGCUUAG